AUGGCGCAGCUUCCCAUAGGAAGCUCCGACGUGAGCAGAAUCGAGGCUCCGAUCUCGUUUCGAGCCUAUCUGAUUUGUGGUUUCGCAUGCUUUGGUGGUAUGCUUUUUGGAUAUGACUCUGGAUAUAUUAGUGGUGUCGAGGGUAUGGCCUAUGUCAAGGAGCAUUUCGGCCACGCUGUGUCCACCGACAUCGACUCGACUGGCUAUGUGCUCGCGAGUUGGCAGAAAUCCCUGAUUACUUCGAUCCUGUCCGCAGGAACCUUCUUUGGAGCCUUGAUUGGUGGUGAGGCUGCGGAGCGUAUCGGUCGUCGUCUCACUAUUAUGAUUUCUUGCUUCAUCUUUGCAUGCGGUGUCGCUGGACAGGUUGCCUCACACAAUGUUACUGGCCUGGUUAUCGGUCGUCUCAUCGCUGGUUUUGGUGUGGGAGGUGUAUCUGCCACCGUGGUUCUAUAUGUGUCUGAGAUCAGUCCCAAGAAGAUUCGUGGUACGCUGGUGUCAAUCUAUCAAUUCGCCGUUACCAUUGGUCUUCUCUCAGCAUCUGGCGCAACCCAAGGAACUUCGAACAGGGAAGAUGCCGGUUCUUACCGUAUCCCAAUCGCCAUCCAGUUGGUUUGGGCCGGUAUCCUUGCUCUCGGCUUGUUCUUCCUCCCCGAGUCUCCGCGAUACCUCGUCAAAGUUGGAAAGCUGGAACAAGCCUCGGCCUCUCUGGCAAGCGUUCGUGGCCAGGCAGCCGAUACUCCGUUGAUCCAGGCUGAGCUGGCUGAGAUCAAGGCAAACUAUGAGUAUGAAUCUCAACUGACUAGCACCUCAUGGGUCGAUUGCUUCAAGGGUGGCUUCAGCAGUCCCAGCGGUAACCUCCGCCGUGUCUUUGUUGGUGUCUUCGCGCAGAUGUUCCAGCAGUGGACCGGUGUGAACUUUAUCUUCUAUUAUGGAACCACCUUCUUCCAAUCCGUCGGCAUGACGAACUCGUUCCUCAUGUCCACAAUCAUGAACAUCGUCAAUGUUGCCUGCACACCCGUUUCCUUCUGGACAAUUGAGCGAUUUGGCCGACGUACCCUGUUGCUGUAUGGUGCGGUGGUGAUGUGUGUGUGCGAAUUCAUUGUUGCCAUUGUUGGUACCGCCGAUCCUGGAUCUAAGGCAGCCAACAUGUGUCUGAUCGUGUUCACUUGCUGCUACAUCGCUGCAUUUGCUUCGACUUGGGGUCCGGCCUGCUGGGUGUUGGUUGGAGAGAUCUUCCCUCUACCCAUCCGUGCCAAAGGCGUCGCUCUAUCGACUGCUUCUAACUGGCUCUGGAAUUGCAUUAUCGCCAUAAUUACACCAUACAUGGUUGAUACUGAUAAGGGUAACCUUGGGGUAAAGGUCUUCUUUGUCUGGGGUGGAUGCCUGAUCUUCUGCUUCCUCUUUGCCUUUCUAUGCGUCUCGGAGACCAAGGGUCUUUCGUUGGAGCAGAUUGAUCGUAUGCUGGAAGAGACUUCCCCUCGAACUUCCGCUGCUUGGAAGCCCCAUGAUACCUUUGCCAACGAUAUGGGAUUGACUAAGGGUGGCGAGACUGUGGAAGAGGCGGAGAAGGUUUAA